AUGGCAACAGUCUCCAUUUUCAUUUCCAUACCGAUAGUAGCGAUAUGGGCUAUCUGGAUCUUGUUAUGCGGAAAGUGUUUGGAUGAUGCAUUUCAUCACCUUGUUGUUGCUGCAUCUGGAUCAUCUACCCUUCAACUUAAACAAGCCAAGGCUUUGCAGGAGACUGGGUGGUGGCCGUCCACUACUCAUGCCCAAGCCAAUAGUAAUUAUUCAAGUGCUUGCCACUGGGAUGGUAUUACUUGCAAUGCUGGAGGAAGUAUCACAACCAUCGAUAGAUUUGAUCAAGGUUUGGGAGGUCAGUUGAUCAAACUCAACUUCUCUUUAUUACCAAAUUUAGUCAGUCUAAAUCUUAGUAGGAACUCCCUUACGGGGCGUAUCCCACUUGAGAUAGGGAUGUUAAAGAACUUGGUCUAUUUAAACCUUUACUCCAACAUGCUCGUCGGUCCAAUCCCUUACACUCUGAGUCAUUUAACUAAUUUGGAAUACUUGCAGCUUGAUCAGAAUAAAAUCAAUGGAUCCAUUCCCUCCGAAAUAGGGAUGCUGAAAAAUCUGACAAUUUUAUCCCUUUUUUCGAACAUGCUCGUCGGUCCAAUCCCUUCCACAAUUGGUUAUUUAACUAAUUUGGAAUAUUUGUACCUUGCUUAUAAUAAAAUCAAUGGAUCCAUUCCCUCCGAAAUAGGGAUGCUGAAAAAUCUGACCAUUUUAUACCUCUCUUCGAACAUGCUUGUCGGUCCAAUCCCUUCCACUCUGGGCAAUUUAACUAAUUUGAAAUAUUUGUCGCUUGAUCAGAACAAAAUCAAUGGAUCCAUUCCCUCCGAAAUAGGGAUGCUGAAAAAUCUGACUGAUUUAGUCCUUUCUUCGAACAUGCUCGUCGGUCCAAUCCCUUACACUCUGAGUCAUUUAACUAAUUUGGAAUACUUGUGGCUUGAUCAGAAUAAAAUCAAUGGAUCCAUUCCCUCCGAAAUAGAGAUGCUGAAAAAUCUGACCAGUUUAUACCUCUCUUCGAACAUGCUUGUCGGUCCAAUCCCUUCCACUCUGGGCAAUUUAACUAAUUUGAAAUAUUUGUCCCUUGGUCAGAAUAAAAUCAAUGGAUCCAUUCCCUCCGAAAUAGGGAUGCUGAAAAAUCUAACCGAUUUAGAUCUUGGUUCAAACAUGCUCGGUCCAAUCCCUUCCACUCUGGGCCAUUUAACUAAUUUGCAAUCUUUACACCUUGAUCAGAACAAAAUCAAUGGAUUCAUUCCCUCCGAAAUUGGGAUGCUGAAAAAUCUAACCAAUUUAAACCUUUCUUCGAACAUGCUCGUCGGUCCAAUCCCUUUCAUCUGGGAUAAUUUGACUCAUCUACAGUAUUUAGACCUUAGUGUAAACUACUUAACUGGAAGCAUUCCCUAUCGCGAGGUUAACCUUUAUUGGGUGAAAUACGUUAACCUUAGUCAUAACUCUAUUAGAGGAGAAAUACCCGUUGCACUUGGGAGUGUUGCCCGUCUCUCGAGUUUGGAUCUUAGCUACAAUAAUCUUACGGGCCAUAUCCCCCCUUCUCUCAUUUAUAUAAAAGAAAUUGACUUGUCACACAAUUCUUUGAAGGGUCGAAUUCCAGACGGUUUUGAUCGGUAUCAUAAAUCCUACACAUUAACUGGAAAUAGGGAUUUAUGCGGUCAAUUCAAGAUUUUCCCUCCAUGUCCAAAAGGUAAAAAAUCAAUAGUAACCAAAACAAAAAUUUUUGCUCCCAUCACCACUUUCCUUGGAUUCCUGGUUAUUGGGGGUGGUAUUCUCUUGUCUCGUUGUGUGUUCAAGAUAAAUCAGAUUGAGUCUAGGGAAUCGAAGAAUGGAAACAUAUUCUCGAUAUGGAAUUAUGAUGGACAUAUUGCAUAUGAAGACAUCAUUGAAGCAACUGAGGAUUUUCACAUCAGAUAUUGCAUUGGAACUGGUGGUUAUGGUAGCGUUUACAAAGCAGAAUUACCAAGCGGAAAUGUGGUUGCCUUAAAGAAACUUCAUCAGAGAGAGGCUGAGAAUCCAGUUUUCUAUAGGAGUUUUAUAAAUGAAGUGAGAGUGUUAACAGAGAUUCGACAUCGAAAUAUUGUGAAGUUGCAUGGAUUCUGUGUACAUAAAGGAUGCAGAUUUUUAAUUUAUGAGUACAUGGAAAGGGGAAGCCUAUUUUGUGUCCUAAGAAAUGUUGAUGAAGCUGUGGAACUUGAUUGGAGCAAGAGGAUAAACAUCAUCAAAGGCACGGCACACGCCUUAUCUUACAUGCAUCACGAAUGCAUCCCAGCAAUUGUUCAUAGAGAUAUAUCAUCCAACAACAUUUUGCUGAACUCCAAAUUCCAAGGUUUUAUAUCUGACUUUGGAACUGCUAAACUCCUUGAUCCUGACUCUUCCAAUCAAACAUUGGUUGUUGGCACUUAUGGUUAUAUUGCACCAGAGUUUGCUUACACAAUGACAGUUACUGAAAAAUGCGAUAUAUAUAGCUUUGGAGUGGUGGCACUAGAAGUAUUAAUGGGAAGGCAUCCGGGAGAACUCUUGUCCUCAUUAUCAUCAUCAUCAUUUCAAAAUAUGAUGCUUAAUGAAAUAUUAGACCGACGACUGCCACCCCCAAAUCAUCUAAUUGGACAGGAUAUUUUGCUUGUUGCUACAAUAGCAUUUGCAUGCCUUCAUACUCAGCCAAAAUCUCGACCAACAAUGAAAUGUGUGUCACAAGAAUUUCUCUCUCGCAGGAAGCCGAAUGUCAUACCCUUGACCACGGUUUCACUCAUGCAACUAAGGAAACAAGCAGGAUAUAUGGAAGGAUCAGGAUUUGCUUAUUGUUAGGGUGUUUUUUGUGUUGUCAAGGUGUUGUAUACAUUUCUCGGUCUGUUUUCAAGAAAAAUAUUAUUUGUAAGCAUUCUAAAUCAUUCCAUAAACCUGAAGUACUCAUUGUUCAAGGUAGGAAGCAACUGGAACAGAACGGGGUUGGUGUGUUUGUAUAAGUUAAGUGUGCAAAUAGAAAGUAGAAGUGAAUUAAGUAAAA